AAAAUGAAGAAGUGAACUUGGUACAUUGCAAGACUCAAGAUCAAGUUGCCGACAUUUUUACAAAGCCAUUGAAGCAUGAUGUGUUUAGAAAAUUGAAAAUGAUGCUAGGCAUGAGAACUCAAGGAAUUGAGUUUAAGGGGGGAUGUUAGUUUUAUAAACUCUAUUUUUUAAGGGGUAUUUUUGGGUAUUGAAAAGUCAUGGUAUUUGAAGUGAUAUAUACCAGAAGUGUCCAGAAUAUUUUUGAGAAGUCUAUUCAUGUAUUUGGGAGACUUAUUCAUGUAUGGUUGCAUGGAAAGUUGAACAGUUUUUUUCUUGGGGAUAACCAGCCAUAAAGUGGCCAAAUUUAGAGUGUUUUGGCUGGGAAAAAUCAAUAUAAAAGGGGCCGGAGUUACUGCCCAAAAUAGAGAGUCUCUGUGCAGAAAAAUAGAGAGGAAAAAGUGAGAAAAACAGUGUGUUUGCUGCCUGAAAAAAACAGCAGCUUGUUCAUGAGCAGAAGUUCUAUUUCUUUGUAUUUUCUUGAGUGUUUACUGCUGAAAAAUUCUGAUAAGUUGCUCCCCAUGUAUUCCUUGAUAUUGUGAUCAUAUUUGAUGAAAUAUAGAGAUGUUUCUUGAGUGAAAUUAGUGUGGAAGUGGAGCAGUUUUUCAUCCUCUAUUUUUGUGCUCUUUAGUAGUUUUUUUUUUGCUUCUAAUUCCCAACAAGCAUGAUGUCUUUGUCGGUUUGUUUGAUAAUGCAAUCUCCUUGAGCAAUAUGUUUCUGAUUUUAUUCUCUAGAAAAAAACCUGUUGGUUAUGUUGGCAGCUUCCUGAGUCUUUCUAAAUCCUUUUGUUGGUAAGGAAGAACUUUCAACAUCAUACUGAUGUACUUUCAUGGGCACACACUAAUCACUACCUCCUCUUCCAUGGCUAGACAUAUGGCUGCCACUGUACGUACCUGCCACAGAUCAAUUGCAUGUGCCCUAUAACCUAGAGGAUGUGUGUCUGCACCAGCUAGCACAUUUUGUAUACUGGUGUGUAUACAUUGAGAAUUUGCAUUUUGAGAUUAGUCGCUAAGAACAUUGUAAUUUAUAGCUUCUCCAUUAUCUAUUGAAAACAAUGGCAUAUCUCAUUUAAAGUUCAAUGACUUAUGCCGCACUUAUAGCAUAGAACUGCAUGUCUACUCAAAACCAAAAAAAGGAUUGCAUGUUCUAGAAUUGAUUAUUUUGUUUCCCAAUACUAAAUUCUGGCUGGAUGGAAGUUAACACUAAUUUCUGCUGGUGGUACAUUCUUCAGCACACUCUUCAAAUGGCCCAUUCUUCUCUGGAUGAGAUGUCAGAAUCUGGUGCUUUCAUGAGAACGCCUUCAUCUUUCCGUAAUUUGAUUUCACAAGACCCAAAUUCCCCUUUCCCAGUAGAAGCUGGAAGAUAUCAUCUAUAUAUAUCAUAUGCUUGUCCCUGGGCAUCCAGGUGCCUUGCUUAUUUGAAAAUCAAAGGGCUUGACAAAACCAUCAGCUUCUCAUCUGUCAAACCAAUAUGGGGGAGAACAAAGGAUACUGAUGAGCACAUGGGUUGGGUUUUCCCAGCUUCAGAUACGGAGGAACCAGGAGCUGAGCCUGACCACUUGAAUGGGGCAAAAAGUAUAAGAGAACUUUAUGAGUUUGCAAGUGCACAUUACUCUGGGAAAUAUACAGUUCCUGUUCUUUGGGACAAGAAACUCAAAGCUAUUGUGAAUAACGAGAGUUCAGACAUAAUCCGCAUGUUUAAUACUGAAUUCAAUGAUAUAGCAGAGAAUGCAAGUUUAGAUCUUUAUCCUCCUCACUUGCAAGCCCAAAUAAGUGAAGUAAAUGAGUGGAUAUACGAUGCGAUAAAUAACGGUGUUUAUAAAUGUGGGUUUGCUAAGAAGCAAGGGCCUUAUGAUGAGGCUGUAACUAAAUUGUAUGAAGCUUUGGACAAGUGCGAGGAGAUACUCGGCAAGCAGCAAUACAUAUGUGGCAACUCACUGACUGAAGCGGAUAUUCGUCUGUUUGUGACCCUUAUAAGGUUUGAUGAGGUUUAUGCGGUUCACUUCAAGUGCAACAAGAAGCUGUUGCGGGAGUACCCGAGUCUGUUCAAUUACGCCAAGGACAUUUUCCAAAUCCCUGGCAUGGGUAGCACAGUCAACACGGAACACAUCAAGAAGCACUAUUAUGGAAGCCAUCCUUCAAUUAAUCCGUUUGGAAUUAUUCCCCAAGGCCCAGAUGUUGACUUUUCCGCUCCUCAUGACAGAGAUAGGUUUUCCAAGUCGAUUUAAAAAGCCUUGCUUAGUGCACAAGGCCCGGUUGUUAUGGGGUUGAAAAAGAGUCAGAUUUUCUACGCAGUUUGUUUGUGCAAUAAUGUGAAACUAUUUUAGUAGUUUGGGUUUUAUGUGCACAAGGCCCUGUUAUGGGGUCUAAGAAGAGUCAGAUUUUCUACGCAGUUUGUUUGUGCAAUAAUGUGAAACUAUUUUAGUAGUUUGAGUUUUAUAUUGUUUCAAAUAAAUCCUUCUAGGCUCCGUAAACGAAGGAAAGGCAUGUAAGAUUAUUGUGUUGAAAGGGGUAAUCUACGGUCUAUAUCAUUU